AUGUUCUUCUUCGGGAGCUUUUUAUACGUUUCCGUGCUCCUGAUCAACGCCAUCGCCGUCCUCUCCGAAGACCGCUUCCUCGCACGCAUCAACCUCUCCCCGUCCUCGUACGACCCAGCCUUCGGCCAGGCGCCCGGCCCCGACGGCAGCGUCAAGUCCAAGAUCAUAACGCUGAUUGCCAGCGUGCGCACGCUCAUGAGAAUGUACGAGCUGAUCCUCGGCUGA